AUUGUUCCUACUGAAGCCCCUUCUCCUUUCAGCUUCCACCCAGGCCACCUGUCACCAAGGGACUUGGAGUGGAGACUUGAGCCACCGCCUGUCAAAGGUGCAGGCUUCACAGACACAGCUGGAUUUAAGCACCCUGGUGCCGAGUUGUCCACGAGAGCUGGUUUUAGACCCCUCCAUUGCGAUGAAGAUCCCUCCGCAGAUGGAAGAUGAUCCACUCGAAGGCACAUCAAACACCCAAUGGCAUCAAGUGCCUGGCAACAUUGAUGCCUCCAGUGUUCCAAAACCCAAGAAGAUCAAAAGAAAACUCCCUUUCAGCAAAUGGCUCCGUUGGCCUUUACGCUCAGGGUGCAGAGCCCCAUCCGUUGGGAUGAAGAAUGCUCCGCAGCUGGAAGAUGAUGCACUCGAAGGCUCAGCAGACACCACCCAAGGGCGUCAAGUUACUGGCAACAUUCAUGCAUCCAGUGUUUCAAAACCAAAGAACAUUAAAAUACUCCCAUUCACGCUGGGUGCGGUGGCUCACACUAGUAAUCCCAGCACUUUGGGAGGCCGAGGUGGGCAGAUCACGAAGUCAAGGGACCAAGACCAUCCUGGCCAACAUGGUAAAACCCUGUCUCUACUAGAAAAAACAAAAAUUAUCCCGGCGUUGUGGUGCUCGUCUGUAGUCCCAGCUAGCUGGGAUGCUGAGACAGAAGAAUCACUUAGAACACAGAAGGCAGAGGUUGCAGUGAGCCAAGAUCAUGCCACUGUCCUCCAGCCUGCACAACAGAGUGAGACUCCGAAUCAAGAAAAAAAGAUAAAAAGAAAACUCUCGUUCAGCAACUGGAUCUGUUGGCCUUCACGCUCAGGGUGCAGAGGCACCAAAUAGUGUCAGAAAGGACAUCAGAAAAAAAGGGGUCUCAAGCUUUUCCACUUGAUGAAAUAACACUAAAAUGGCAAAGCAACUUCAAGUCCAAACACAAGUAACUGCAGAAAUCCUUCACUGAGGAUUCAAUUUUAGACCACAGGGCCUGUUAAGGAAAAUGGCACUGUUAGGACCAACUCAGGAUUACAGCUCCCAGUCAAUCCACAGAGGGUGAGUGGACACGGCAUUUCCAUGGGGAUCUUUAUUGUCCACAGACUAAAAGAUUUCCAGGUGUAAGAGCCCCAUGGGCCAUGUGGCAGUUUGGGCCGGUGCAGCUGUUUGAGCCGAGGCCGCAGCACAGUGACACUCCGUACAAAAUAUGCCAGUUUGGUUGCCCUGUUAAACUGGCAAUUGGAGAUUUUGGAAGACAGAUUAGCACAUUCAUCUUAUUAAAUAAGACUUAAACAGAAAGCCAGCUUAGGAGAUUCCCAGGCAGCAACGUAAUUUGAGCAGACGCAGUGGGUCGCUGCACGGGAUAUCACACAGAUCCCAGCACCCUUGCAGCAGGUGACUGGAACACCUGGGAGAGAGUCAACCGCUGAACUUUAAAAGAAAAAAGGGCUCUGAGGCAGGGAGCCAGGUGAUCAGGCUCGGCGGGUCCCACCCCCACAAAAACAAACAAAACAGCAAUUGGAAAUGCUGUGGGUUGAGAGUUUCAUGGCAAGCACAGCAGAACCCAGGAUGGUGCAGCUUGGAACAGGAAGGGCAUCCGUUAUUACUGAGGCACUCAACCCCUACAGAGCUACACUGCCAUUGCUGAUGCAGCCUCCCAUUACUGAGGCAACCCACAAUGAAAGAGAGUCCACCAAUACAGAGGCAAGCAUAUCCAUAUAAACAGGACUAUAGGAAAUUACACACAGCAGCAGGGCGGAGCCCACAGCAAUAGGGCAGAGCCCAUGGCAACAGGGCGGAGCACACAGCAGCAGGGCAAAGCCCAUGGUAACAAGGUGGAGCCCAUGGCAACAGGGCAGAGCCCACGGCAGCUCAGCAUAGCCACUGCAGGCAAGCAGUAAUUAGACUGCCUCCUUGCUAAGGAGGGCAGUGCAACAGAUAUUCAUAAAUGGAUCCCUAACUCCCUGGGACAGAGCACCUGAGGAAAAAGAAAGGGGCUUUAUGAGUUCUGCUUAAGCAGACUUAAAUAUUUCUGCCUAGCAGCCCUGAAUAAACAACAAAGCUCACAGCUCAGCACUUGAGCUCCUAUAAAGUACAGACAGUCUCCUCAAGCAGCUCCCUGACUUCCGUAUAUCCAAAGACUCACCUCACAAAGGACUGAUCGGACUGACAUUUGGCGGGCAUCAUUCAGGGACAAAGAUAGCAGAAGAAGAAUCUGGAAGCAACCCUCAUGGUUCUGCAGCUGCUACAGGGGUUCCCCAGGCAAGCAGGGCCUGGAGUGGACCUCAGCAGUCCUACAGCAGUGGGGCCAGACUGUUAGAAGGUAAACUAUGAAACAGAAAUACUUCAUCAUCAACAAUCUGGAUGUCCACUCAGAGACCCAAUCAGAAAAUCAGCAAUCACUCAGACGACAGGUGGAUAAAUCCACAAACAUGGGAAGAAACUAGCGCAAAAAGGAGGAAAAUACCCAAAACCAGAACACAUCGCCUCCUACAAAGGACCAAAACUUUUCACCAGCAAGGGAACAAAGCUGGAUGGAGAAUGAAUGUGAUGAAAUGAUGGAAUCAAACUUCAGAAGGUGGGUAAUGAGAAACUUCCGUGAGCUAAAAGAACAUGUUCUAAAUCAAUGCAAAUAAACUAAGAACCUUGAAAAAACAUUUGAAAAAAGAUCUGAGGAAAUGAUAACAAGAAUGGACAACUUAGAGAGGAAUACGAGUGAAUUGAAGGAGCUGAAUAACACAACACGAGAACUUCGUGAAGCAUGCGCAAGUUUCAACAGCCGAAUUGACCAAGCAGAAGAAAGGAUAUCAGAAGUCGAAGAUCAACUCAAUGAAAUAAAAUGAGAAGGCAAAAUUAGAGAAAAAAGCGCAAAAAGGAAUGAACAAAGUCUCCAAGAAAUGUGGGACUAUGUGAAGAGACCUAAUCUACGUUUGAUAGGUGUACCUGAAUGUGAUGAAGAGAAUGAAUCCAAGCUGAAAAAUACUCUUUAGGAUAUUAUCCAGGAAAAUUUCCCCAACCUAGCAAGGCAGGCCAAUAUUCAAGUCCAGGAAAUACAGAGAACACCACAAAGAUAUUCCGCAAGAAGAGCAUCCCCAAGGCACACAAUCGUCAGAUUUACCAGGGUUAAAAUGAAGGAGAAAAUGCUAAGGGCAUCCAGAGAAAAAGGUCGGGUCAUUCACAAAGGGAAGCCCAUCAGACUCACAGCAGAUCUCUCAGCAGAAACCCUACAAGCCAAAAGAGAGUGGGGGCCAAUAUUCAACAUCCUUAAAGAAAAGAACCUUCAACCCAGAAUUUCAUAUCCAGCCAAAUUGAGCUUCAUAAGUGAAGGAAAAAUAAAAUCCUUUGCAAACAAGCAAGUACUCAGAGAUUUUGUCACCACCAGGCCUGCUUUACAAGAGCUCCUGAAAGAGGUACUACACAUAGAAAGGAACAACCAGUACCAGCCAUUCCAAAAACAUACCAAAUGCUAAAGAGCAUCAACAAAAUGAAGAAUCUGCAUCAACUAAUGGGCCAAACAGCCAGCUAGCAUCAACAUGGCAGUAUCAAAUUCACACAUAACAAUAUUAACCUUAAAUGUAAAUGGGCUAAAUGCACCAAUCGAAAGACACAGAUUGGCAAAUUGGAUAAAAAGGCAAAACCCAUCAGUGUGCUGUGUUCAGGAAACCCAUCUCACAGGCAAGGAUACACAAAGGCUCAAAAUAAAAAGAUGAAGGAAGAUUUACCAAGCAAAUGCAGAGCAAAAAAAAAAAAAAAAAAGCAGGAGUUGCAAUUCUCAUCUCUGAUAAAAUAGAUUUUAAAGCAACAAAGAUCAAAAAAGACAAAGAAGGACAUUACAUGAUGGUAAAAGGAUAGAUACAACAAGAAAAGCUAAUGAUCCUAAAUAUAUAUGGACCCAAUACAGGAGCACCCAGAUAUAUAAGGCAAGUUCUUAAUGACUUACAAAGAGACUUAGACUCCCACACAACAAUAGUGGGAGAUUUAACACUCCAGUGUCAAUAUUAGAUCAACCAGACAGAAAAUUAACAGGAAUACUUAGGACUUGAGCUCAGACCUGGAACAAGCAAACCUGAUAGAACUCUCCACCCUAAAUCCACAGAAUAUAUAUUCUUCUCAGCACCACAUCACAUUUACUCUAAAACUGACCACAUAACUGGAAAUAAAGCACUCCUCAACAA